UAGUGAAGUCAAGGAAAAAUGGCCGCCUCCAUGCUCUGCAGGAGGACGCUUUUGCUUUAUAACACGACAAAGGCCAAUUUGUCUUCCAAGAUUGUGAAUUCUGCAAGUGGGAUUUUAUUACAAACGGCGUCGUAUAACCCUAAACCUCUAAAUCUGAACCUCCGUGACCCAUAUAUUCCAGACAAGAGCAGCGAGAAGACGCCGGAAUGGCAGAAGACGGCGAGAUACGACAGCAAGCUAUACGGUCGCUACGGCUCAGCAUCGGGUGUCGACCCUGCCUCGCUGUGGCCCAGCCACGCCGAGCUGGACAUUAUCAUCGCCGAGGAAAACGAGUGGCAUCCUCCGUUAGAAGUCAUGUUGAAGAAUAUCGCAGCCAAGCAAAAGAAGGAGACUGAAAAGCGCCUAGCAAAAGAGAAGCUCAUAGCAGCAAACAUGGCCAAAAUGCCCAAGAUGAUCGCCGACUGGCGCAGAGAGAAGCGUGAAUCUAAGCAGAAGCUAAAAGAGGAGAAGGCGCGCCGUGAGAAGUUGCUGGCUGAGGCCAGGGAGCGUUUUGGCUACGCAGUGGACCCCCGCAGCCCCAAGUUCUUGGAAAUGGUUGCUGAAAUUGAAAAAGAGGAGAAGAAGAAGAAGAAACUCCUGAAACGCAGGCAGAGGGAAGAGCAGGCAGCUGUCCCGGUCACUCCUCCAGUUGCUGCCUCAUAAACCUGCUCUUUAUAGAUUUAAUUGACUAUUAAACAUUGGGCUGUGUGUAUUUAAUGAGCGCAUUUUCCUGCUCAUUUUGCUUUCUAAUGCCAUCUGGAAUUACAAAAUCUUGAAUAAGUUAUUUUCUACAUUGAUUCUCCUUGUCAUGGUUAUUAUUACAUGACUCUACAUGCAUGAUAAAAGUGAGUUUAGAAAAUAUGGCUACAGUUGCCUUUCUAAAUAAAACAUUUCCACUGCGUACCCGUGCAAUUAAUGCAUCAAAACUGGCUUCUGACUGCAAUCUCCCAAUAAGAAAUGAUGUAUGCAUUUGAGAUAUUGUGACACCAUAAUCUUCACAUUACAGCAUAUUAUCACGCUGUACUUUAAAUUGCCAUAUAAAUUCGUCAAAAUAGUGGAGUGGCUAUACAUGUCAUUUAGAGUGCCUUUAAUCAGCUGCUGAUUUAGAUUUUCUGAAAGUGUACAGUACAUGUAAACAAUUGUUCAUACAUGAAAUGUCUUCUACACAACACACAAGCCUGUUUUAUAAAAGUAUGUGAAGUCCAAUUGAAAAUGUAACACUUUUGUACAACGAGAAGCCACUCGGGCCUCACCUUGAUCAGCAAAUAGUGUGUUCACGAGUUAAAGAAGGCAAACCUGAACGGAAGCCCAGUAUUUACCUGAUGAGAGUUAAAAACUCAGCUAAAAGAGUGGGAGUUGGUGGUGGUGACUCUGAGGGUGUCUCCGCUGAUCAAAGAUCUCCAGACAGAUGAGCUUCCUCCCCGUCGACAGAGCCAGCCUUCAGUUUGGCCAGAGCGGCGUGAAUCCUGAACUGUGUUCGAGAUUCCAUCGAGUACUCUUUGUAGUUGUGUCUAGAAGACAGAAAAACAGCUGAAACGCUUAACAUUCGGCGUUUCACAUACUGUACAUUCAUUUGACCACCACAAAGAGAUUUGGUGCUACAAGUUUGCCCUCGCUCAAUAACACAUUACAAUGGGGCUGUGUGGGAAUUUGGCUCGUCAUUCCAAUUCAUCGGUACAGUAAAUGGCAUCGUAAUUGCUUCUUAACACAAGAAUAAGAAGACGUAGCAGGAGGGAUCUGUAUUGCCAACUAAUUUUAGCGAGCAAUCAGACCCCUCUGAGUUCUGCUUUUUAAAAAAGCGAUUAGGUAAAUCUAAAACAGCAGCUUUUUCCAGCCUUUUUACUGACCACUUUUGGAGAUUAACAUCUUCUUGAUGAGCAGUGGUUCAUUUGUAACCAUUUGUUUUCCUUUUUAUGUUUUUGCUGCCUUUUAGACUCCCACAGCGUCCAUCAAUUUACAUGCAGAUAUGGUCACUUGGUGGUGUGAAAAAGUGUUUGCCCCCUUCCUGAUUUCUAUUAUUUUUUUUCCAUGUUUGUCACAGGAUAUUGAAGCUGUUUGCUUCUCAAAUCCCAACUAAAACAUCUUAAGGUUCCAUAAAUAAAAUGCGUUAUCAUUAUUUGUUUCAUCUGUCCAAUUGAAGGUUUGAUGUUAAUAUACAGUAAAGUCUCCCAAUCCAUUCGCUAUUGCACAACUUGGAAUGUCAAACUAAAACAGGUAGAGAGCGCCCUCUGCUGUUUUACAGUAAAACUGCUCUGAGAAGCCAUUGCCAUCGCUUCUUUAAUCCACCAGUCCUGCAAUAAACCUUGAAUUUUAUACCCGACUUCAUAGAAGAAAAAAGUAAAAUGUAAUAUCGCAAAUCUUUAGCGAGUUUUCUCGAUAGAAGUCACAUUAAAGCAACGAUUUUAAAAAAAGUUGUAAUACCGCUGGCAGCCUGAAGGGGGUGGUAAUACAGUAAUUAAUAUAGGUUUCCAUGUGGUUAUUUCGCGCAUUCAAACACCAGACACAAAAUUACGCAAAACUGUGACCUGUAAGACAGGCAAUGUGUGCAGUUUCUAAGACUUAUGUAUUAAAGAUCUAUUUAGAAAGCACUGUAAAUUGUCAGAAGACUUACUUGGCCUUGCGUAGUAGUUUGAUGGCCUCGUCCCCUCUGCCUUGGUCAAUGUACAGUAAACUGAGCUCCACCAUAGCGUUGGGAAUGAGGUAGUGGUCGAACCUGAGCUUCUUCUCACUGAGCAAAGUCAAACACAAGUAAUGUUAUUACACCAUACUUAUUUCAAACGAACAAAAACAAGUGUCUGUAGCAGGGUCGUCUUUGUGGGUGCACACGUACAGUAUCUUGCUUGCAUCAACUGAUUCUACUGUUUUUAUUUAAAUAUACCCUUACAAUGUUUUUGUUCUUACGUAUUUCUGUUGUAAUGUGUCUGAGAAUGUUCUAAAAGCGCUAUAUAA